GACAGACCCCGAAAUGGGUCUUACUGCUAUUUCUGUUCGAAGAUUAUCUGCGUUUGCUCGCUUUCAUGGACGACGACUGGCACUCCAAUACACCUGUAUUCGAUAUUACGAAGAUGAGGCCUACACGAAUGCGGUCGUUGGAUUUAUCGGUCUCGGCAACAUGGGCCUUCCAAUGGCUCGUAAUCUCGCCAAGAAAAACAAAAUCUUGGCUUUCGACACAAACCCAGACGCUCGUCACGCAGCCAGUAUCAGUAUUAUGGAAGUAUCCGAUACGAUUUCCCAUCUGAAGGACUGUUCAAUGAUUUUUACAAUGCUUCCAGGAUGCCAAGUGGUUGAUCAAGUCAUGAGCGAUUUACACAAUGUUGUAGAUCACCAAAAUACUAUUAUUGUCGACUGCUCAACCGUCAGUCCGACAACUAGUCGUCGAUGGCAUGAUGCUUGGAAAGUAAACGGUUGUGCUAUGCUAGACGCACCCGUGUCCGGUGGUACGAAGGGGGCUAUGGAAGGAACGCUAACGUUUAUGGUUGGCUACGACGACAAAAUGCGGUUUGAGCAAGCCAAACCGUUCCUGUAUUGCAUGGGAGAUCGGAUCAUUCCUUGUGGUGGGCCCGGUACGGGUGCAGCUACCAAGCUCUGUAACAACGUGGCGCUAGCGGCGCAAAUGGUGGGCAUUUGCGAAGCCAUGAAUCUGGGGGAGUCGCUGGGAGUUGAUCCAGUACUUUUGGCGGAGGUCAUGAAUACCUCAACCGCAUCUUGUUGGAGUUCCAAAGUCAACAAUCCACACCCUUCGGUGGCCCGAGCAUCAGGUAGCCCAGCGAGCCAGGACUAUGUUGGAGGUUUCAGCGCAAGACUCAUGCUGAAAGAUCUGGGACUGGCGGCGCAGGCUGCCGAGGAUAACGGCGUUGCGCUUCCCCUAGUUGCAACUUCCAGGGAAUUAUACAAGUUGGCGGGGCUUCGGGGGAUGGCCGAUCGUGAUUUUGGAAUCAUGCUCCAACUUUUGCGAGGGAAGUGA